GGAUGGCUAGUCAUUCAACAAAGAAUUGAUGGCUCGUUGAGUUUCAACAAAAGUUGGGCAAGUUACAAAUCCGGAUUUGGAAUCUACUACAGAAACUUCUGGUUGGGCUUGGAGAAGAUGCACCAGUUAACGGCAUCGGCUGAUUAUAGGUUGAGAUUUGAAAUU